AGUAAAAAAAAAAGAAACAGAAAAAACCGGCAGUAAUAAAAAAACUGACGAGUUGACAAAAAUUAUUCGCCAAUUCAAUUGAGGAAAAUCUUUCAAUGUAUCUAAUGGUGGAUCGGAAUAACAGUCUUACAAUGGAUAAUAUACUGAAGACACAUGGUUCCCCAGAUUUUAGAAAAUUAGUGCUCGGGUUUUUUAAAUCUUGUUGCUAUCCGCUAGCGAAAAAUGAGACAUUCAUGCUGGCUAGACUGACGAAAAUUAACAUUGAUGACGGUGGAAAAAGUUCGAUUAAAGGAGCGAUUGUACUGAAAAGAAAUGGGCCUGUAACUGGAAAUACUGAACAUUUUUUGACAUGGCUCAGCGAAACUAUCAGAAGUAAUAAAAAGGAGGAAUCAAAGUUCUUCUACGAAUCGAUAGAGCUUUGGAUAAAUAAUUCUCCAUGCGGAGAUUGUGCAAAGAAGUUAAAUCAGUGGUUAUCAACAAACAAAGACUUGGAAAUCAAACUGAAGAUAAAUUAUGCAUAUUUCUAUACCGGCGGUAAUAAAACAUUUGAAGAUUACAUUGAUGAUCCACUUUCAUGUCCGGAUGUAAUAGAAUUGGAAAAACUGAUGGUUCAGCAAAGCGUUCCGAUAGUGAAAAUCUCCAAUGAUACUUUUGCCACACUUCUCAAAGAAUUUUGCCCUUAUUAAAAAAACCCAUAAAACUUUGACCUAGGAUGCUCACCAGCUACCUAGGUACCAAAAAUUUCUUCGGAAAGUACCAAGGAACAUAC